AGAGGGAGGAGAAGGAGGAGGUGGUGGUGAUAGUGUUGGAGGAAGAAGACUCAGUUCAACUCUGAGACCGGUCAGAGAGCUGCGGGUAAGUUUCCUCUCAGAUCGAUAACUUUACAGCUGAUGUUUCCUCGCUUUGGUAACUUCAAUGCUACAGAAACAGGCUAACUUGUUGUUGUCGUUGGUGCUGAGAGGCGAUUUACCAACUUUCAUUUCAUUUCUCCCAUCUUCCCUUUAUCUGUGAGUUUGUGUCUCCUGUAUUGAAUGGGAUUCUCUGAUAUUACAUGAGUUGUGUACUUUUCCCUAAGUGCAGAGUAUUUGUUUAAAGGUGUGUGGUUAAAGCAGGCAGAGGUGAAGGAAAGUUCACGGAGUCAAACAGGAUAAACGCAGAUCCGCUGCAAAUACUACUGACAACACUUAGAUGAGUGACAGAGAGGUAUCUAUCUAUCUAUCUAUCUAUCUAUCUAUCUAUCUAUCUAUCUAUCUAUCUAUCUAUCUAUCUAUCUAUCUAUCUCAUGUCAACUUUCUUUUUUCCUUCUUUUGUUUCGUAUCAUAUCAAACAGGGUAUCUUUUGGUUUGCCUUGACAAAACAGAGCAGGAAAAAAUGUUUUAAGAGAGUAGAGUUGUGUUUUUAAUGCCUUUAAUUUCUAAAUACUUUGUGAGCUAAAUGGGUUGAAGUUUUAACUAUGAAAAUAAUGCAAUUGCAAGUUAUUGUUGGACUGGUGCCCCAAAUGUUGUCUGAGACUGACUGAUUAAUCGGUGGGUGGAUUACUUGGCCGAUUAAUUCGUAUUGGCUCCCACAAGCCUGAUUUCACCAUCAUGAUAAUAACACAUUUUCUCUUAUCCUUAAUGUUGAAAGUACAACAAUGACUAGUUAAUGUUUAUAAUGCAGUUUAAUUUUUCUGUCGCUUAAGUUAUAAAAUCUGUGGCAAAAUCUGAUUUAUUUAACUUUUAUCUCCAAUGAAUUUGAUCUUUAACUACAGGUGGUUAUGUUUGUUUUUACAGAUUUUUAGAUCAUAAUGGAUAUAGAAAAAUAAAUUAUCUGUGACUUUUCUUUCCUAAGCCAAUAUAUUUACUUUGUACUCUUUCUGUUUAGAGAACUACAGAUGGCUGUAAUUAUCCCUUGUGGUCUUAUUUCCUCAGUCAAAUAUUUAUUGUCUACAUUUAUGUGAAAAAUGUUCUUUAAGGUCAGCGAUUUUGUUUCUCUUGUAAUAGUAUCAUCACAUUUUUUCAUUACAUGAAGAAAGAUACCAUGUGAUAUCAGCAUUAUGUGUCACCUGCUCUAGUAUCAGCCAUCAAAAUAAACCCACAUCAGUUCACCACUACUUGUGACACAUCUGUGUUCGCAUUUUUUUUUCUUUCAGUCUGUUUUGUGAUAAAUUAAAGAGACUUAAGUCAAAAUGAUGCUCUUCAGAGGAUACCAUUUUGUCUGUCAGACAACCCCUGCAGUGUUUGCGCCUCACAGUGACACAUUUUCUUUGAGUGUCAUACCAUGAAGUGGGUGACGACACCUCGGAGACCUCGGUCAGUUGUAGUCGUCAUGCAGUUGUCUCGGCUGUACAAUAGUACACUGUCAUGAGCACACAGAAAGAGCUGUUUUCAUUGCACAGCAUUAUCAGGCUCUUGUCAGUCUCCAUUUAUUCGCUCUUUUACUGAGUGCAGCUGUGUGAGGAGGACCUGCAUGGCUGUCUGUCACUGUGUCCCAGUGUGGCUCCGACCUCGCUCCCGUGUUGUGUAAAUAGUAACCUCAGCGUAACCGAUCCACCCUCCCUCACAGGAAAGUUUCCUCCAGGUUCAUCAAGUAACGUACAUGUUUGUUUUUUCAUCAGUUCAUCUGCUGAUUCAAGAUGGAGUCUCAGCGACUGAUCAGCUCUCCAGAUAUCAGGAUACAGCGGAGCUACGCACAGCCGCACAGCCCCAGAGGCAGUCAGGAGGGCGUGUUUGGGGUCAGGGUCCAGGUUCAAGGAAUCCAAGGCCAACCUUUCGUGGUUCUGAACAGUUCGGGCCAUGAGAGCCACCGGGACAUCGCUGUGAUCACUCACCAGGCAGGGUACAACCCAGGCGUGGUGAGGAGGACCGUGGAUCUUCCAUCUGAGCCACAGCGGACUGCAUCCUCCUCAGGUUUUCAUUAUCAGAAACAUCCAGAGCUCCUGAGACCUUAUGACCCUGAGAGUAAUAACCUGAAUUUAGUCAUCCCUCCAAAAAGUUCAGACUCUCGCCCAGGACAGCCAAACACCAGCCAUCCUCCAUCGCAGCCUCCUAAACCCAGGAUCCCUCUGCCUGCUGAGAGCCCAGAGGGAGAACAGAGGGAGAUUGACCAGAACAAAGCCUCUUCCCUAGGUCGACAACUCCCCGUACGGUCCCCAAACACAGUGGAGACAGACUCCAUUAUGUCUGUAGGGAAGCUAAUAAGUCAGUUCAACAGCAGCCAGCGGAGGGGAAGAGGAGGCCCAAGAAACAGGUUGGACCCAGAACAGUGUCGAAGGUCACGCAGCGUGGAUAGCAGCCGAACAUCUGAAUCCUCGGCCUCCUCCUCUUCCUCCAGCAGAGCCUCCUCUUUAAAGGGCGUCAGGGGUGAGACUCCAAGUGGGAUAUAUCCUCCGGGGUCAGCUAGAGCUCGACUCCUCAGCGGGGAAGCUUCCUUGGGGAGCAGGAGAGAGGAGAACAAACCCAGCACACUGCUUGUAACUCAGAACGGAAAAGAAACGACACCGCCACAGGCUGUCAAACUACUUCACAGAGCAGAGAAACCCUCCAUCUCCACAUCAUGCAGUGACCAGACGGACGACUCGGACGACAGAGAUGCGCAGGUAAAGAGAUCUUUCCCAGGACACAGUUAUGCUCUACGGGGGGGGAGAACUGAAAGCUGUAUAUUUUCUAACCAGGUGACCCCUGAUCUUCUGAAAGGACAGCAAGAAGUCUCUGUGGACUCAUGUGAAGACACAACAAGACAGAUGCUGUUCUCAUAUCUGCAGGAUGGGUAAGUGCUGCUCAGGAGAAGAAAUCAAUGUUUUGUUUAAAGGUAAGAUUUGGAGUUCAGAUUUUUUAACUUGAACCAAAGAAGAUGAGCUGUUUUCACCGUUUCUUCUUAAACUGAGCGAAGCUAAACCUGCUACUAACUCUAGAGUUAUGUUUGCCUGCAGUGUCUGGGAUUGGUAUCCACUUUGUUAUAAGUUAAAAAGUGUUAUUUCCUGAAUUUUUUAGCUAAUCUAUAAGUUUAUUCUUUAACUUUCUCCUGAAGUGACAUUGUAAACACACUCUCCCUCAAACACUGCUGAUAGUUUUUCACUUACAGACACUUUGGGUGAUUAGCGUGUGGUUGUGAUCAUGCCGUGUGGUCAGAUAAGGGGGUACUGCUCCAGCUGUGUGUGCUCAUGGCGCACUCAGGAAUGCAGGGCAUGUUCUCGUUUCCACUGAUAAAAGAACUUCUUCACAUGGAAAAUUUUUAAAACACAUCGUCAGUGCUUAUGUGAAAUACUUCCCUGCUUCUCUAAGGCGGGUCCAGUUUUUCUAUUAAGCCCCAAAAUUUGCUCCAACAACUUUUUACUUUUUCAUUACACCUCGACAGUUCUCAUGAUGAUUUCUGUGUGAAUUAUCUCUCUCGCCUCAGGACGACUGAUGACGACUCCACCACUCAGAAAAAAGUCAAUCUGCUGCUUGAAAGAGUCAACAAGCUCAAGUGGAAGGCUGCUCAAAGUCUAGAAGAGGAGGAAAAAGUGUGUUCAUUUGAGAUAUUUGAUUGAAUCGAUCCCUUUUCAUGUGUCUGUCUUACCCUAAUGCUAAUUCAGUGUUGUUUCACGUCUCUUUCCCAGUACUCUCUAGCUGAAGUGAAGCAUUUGCAGGAAAAACAAGCAGCGCUGGAGAGAGAGGUGUCUGAAUUAAAGCAAAAACUGGAAACAGAGAUCAAGGUGAAGUGCCAUUUCAUCCUGCUGUUUCACUGCUCGGACAUUUCCUGUUCACGUGAGUGACGAUGUUCCUCUCUUGUAUUGUUUGCAGAAUGAAAAGACUCUUGCCAAAGCUUGUGAAAAAGCCAGGACGGAGAAGAAAAACCUUCAGGAAGAGCUGGCCAAAAGUCAGGAAGAGCUCUGCAAACUCAGGGACAUGCUGGCUGAGAUUGAGGCGGCACUCCAGUCCACCGAACAGGAGUGAGGAUCCAAACUUUAUAGACACUAAACAGUGUUAUGUGAAGAUUUGUGUUAAAAAUCUUGAAAGUUAAAUGAGGAGGUUGAAUGAGGGUGGGAAAAUAAGUCAAAUAGCUCGGCUUAAAAUAAAGACUGGAAACAGAAAUAAAAUGCUUGCUCAGCAUAUUAUCUUAAAGGGACAUUCUGGUGUAAAAUUAAGUUAGUGUCAAACACACUGUAACACUGAGUCAGACACUCCCUUGAGAGAUGAAUGUUGCCGACUGCUUGCUUCUCUAGUUUUACCAACUUUAGUAACGACCACAUGAUAGCAAAACACAGCGGUCUGAGGAGCCACACACAAGCCUCAAACAAAACGCCACUCUAUAGCCACAAAAAAUGUUCAGAACAGCACCUAACUUCAUCAACAGUACAUAGAGGGUUCCAGCCACCAAACAUCUUUUUAACUUUGCCUAAUUUCUUUAGCAAAGAGACUAAACACAACUCACCUACUCUCUUCCAGCAGCCAACUGUUUGUAGUGAGACCUCAGACGAGUCCAUUACGGACUACAGGGGGGUGACGCAGCUCAAGGAGGUAAUGGACUGGCCAAAGGUCUCACUACAAACAAGCAGCUGCUGGAGGAGAGUAGGUGAGUUGCGUUUAGCCUAUUUGCGAAAGAAAUCAGGCAAAGUUAAAAAGAUGUUUGGUGGCUAGUACUAUGGCUGGAACUCUAUAUAUACUGUUGAUGAAGUUAGGUGCUGUUCGGAGCAUUAUUUGUGGUUAUAGAGUGGCGUUUUGGUUGAGGUUUGCUUAUCAUUCCUCAGAUUGCUGUGUAUUGCUAUUGUGCGGUCGUUGACUAGAAGCAAGCAAGCAGUUGGCUAACUCGAUGUUACGUUGUGUUUGACCCUAAAAUAAUUAAACACCAGAAUAUCCCUUAAAGUGAUAGCCAACUUUACUUGGUUUCAGGGAGAUGCUGGACAGUCUAGAAAUUCGCUCAAAACGACACUCUUAUUUGUUUCAAGCUUCUUUGGGCUUUAAGGUUAUAGUUUAGUUUCAUUUUCCAAUAAUGAGGAGUCAGGUAAAAAGGUUUCACUAAAAAACAUACAGUUAAAACUGUUCAACUCUCUAAAAUUCAAGCAAGUUUAUCAAAUGAAGUUACACGCUCUUAUGUGGAUCAAAUCAAACUGUUGUUAAACACAGAGCUCACAGAGAAGCUAACCAGACUUCAGUUCAAUGUUGUUUCUCAUUCGCUGAGCUUCCGCUGGUUUCUGAGGUCAGGUAGGUGAACUGUGAUGAUCCAAUGAAGGUCAUUUGACCGAGAGAAGAGUCGGAUUCCAUUUGGAUUAAAUGUGCAGAUGCCUUGUUGUUAUCUUCUCCUGUUAAGAACCUUCCUAAAUACUCAAGAGGAAGGAAGAUUAGCUUCUUUUUCUUUAUGUAAAAAAAUAGAAAACAGUAUAUCUGUCAUUCACUGACAUUUUUUCAUGCUGUCAGACUGACUCAGAUGAAGGCAGAGAGAGAGAGAGCGAAGACGGAGAUGAAAGACCUUCAGCUGCAGCUCUCUGAGAUGCACGAUGAGCUGGACCACGCCAAGAAGGCGGAGGUGAUAAACACAGAGAAAGAAGUUCUCCUGCAGGUAAAUGAAACCACAUGAGCAAGGAAAGCUUCACAAAUCAGCUGCAGCUGUGAAUCCAACUGGAGGUAGUGAGGAUGUGCUUUGUUGGAUGUCUUUCAGGAUAUGGCACAGCUGCGUUUAGACUUCCAGGAGAUGCUACAGGUGAAAGAGGAGCAGGAGGAGGUGCUGCACCACAGGGAGAGGGAGCUAAGUGCCCUGAAGGGGGCGCUCAAAGAGGAGGUGGAGACUCAUGAUAACUACAUGGCAGCUCUGAAGGAGGAAUAUGAAAAUGAGCUUGAAAAGCUGAUCCGGGAUUUAGAGCAAGCUAAAGAGGUAACAGAGGAGACAUGACUUUUUUAAAGCCUUUUUUAUAACACCUUUAAUACUCACCUUGAAUCUUUCCAUCCUGACUCCAAGAGCAAUGCCGUGCUGGGUCAGAGGAAGGUGGAGGUAGAGGAGGAGAGGGGAGCAGCUAAGGUACAGCUGAAGGAGCUGAGCCAGGAGAAGGAUCAGCUGAGAGCAAAGGUGCAGGAGCAAAAUAACAAGGUGGAUCAGAUGAGUCUGGCGAUCCAGGAGUGUAAAACCACAGAGAGGCUGCUGGAGCAGAGAGCAAAGCAGCUGGAGGUAAGAAACAGAAUCAGAGAAUCUGAGGUAUUUUUAAACUUUCUUUUUUCAUCCACUGUGAUCUCUUCUGCGUUUUUGUUAAUAAUCGUGUUCCCUUGUUCCCAAGAGGGAAAAGCAGCAGCUGGAGGAAGCACUGAGAGAUGUGAGGAGGAAUGAGGAGGAGAUGUGUCAGUCGAAUCAGGCUCUGCUGUCUCGCCUGGAGGACGUGCAGGUAAAAUAAGGUUUAUUUCAAAGAGAUACGGCUUGCAAGUGUUGAGGGUUUGGCUGUGUGCAUACCUGUCCUACUAUGAUGUUUCUGCCUUUUUAUAAGCCAACCAUACAACAAAGAGAAGAUAAAGUUAAAUCAAAGCUCAUGAAUGGUGCUUUAUAGCAUGAAAAGCAGUUCCCCUGUGUUUCUUCUCUCAGGGUAAGCUCACCAAGCUGAAUCAUGAGCACAGAGAGCUGAAGGAGAAACUUAGAGAGGAGAAGAAGCAAACGGAGGAGCUGUGGAGGACAAAAACUGAACUGGAAGAUGAGAGGAGGCUGCAGGACAGGACCGUGGAGCAACUACAGAGGAAGGUAGAGGGGCGGAUCUUGACACAUCAAGAGAUAAAGAUAGUUGGACCAAAUAUGUGUUUUCCUAACUCUGAGGGAUAAGACCAGAGAAAAUACAAGCAGACACCUCUCAUGCUUUAUUUGAAAGGCUUUUCCAAACAGUUCAGAGAGUGGCCCGUUUAUCUCACUCUUUGUUUAUCUCCAGAUGAAUAGCAUCAUGGAGGAGUGCGAAGCGUCCACAGAUGUGCUCCAGAACCAGGUCGACGAGGCCAGAGAGAGGAGUCAGAGGGAGUUGGACGAGCUGCGGAGACAGCUGCAGGAAAAGGGGGCAGAGCUGGAGAAAUCCCGACAGGCAGCCAAAAAACUGCAGGAAGAGGUGUGGUCCUCAUUGUCCCUCUGAUUCAUUACUAUGUGGCUCCGCAUGUCUUAGUCACCAAUAUAAACCAACUCCAGAAUGGAAAAGAAAAUGGUCUUUUGUUAUUUUGUUUUCUUCUGAUCCAGUGCAAAUAAGAUCUUGUCGUUGUUUUUAUACACGAGGUUGAACAGAAACAUUAAAAACAGUCUCAGGGACGACAGCAGCUUAUUUUAAAAACUGUCUGAUAGAUUUAUCAGCUCACACCUUACACCUUACUCUGUCCCUGUAUUUCAGCUGCUACCUCUGGAGGAGGAUCUGCGGAGGUGUCUCAGAGAACUGCAGGAGGCCCAGCUGAGGGGCCGGCAGCUGGAGCAGAGGGUGGAGGAGCUGGAGGAAAGGAACGUAACCACGGUGGGGGAGCGGGAGCGGCAGGUCAAGCUCAUGGAGGUAAACAACAACCUUGGGAAACAUAACAGUUAACUUUCAACACAUGUUUUAUGUUUUGAAUUAAACAUUGCAGUAUGUGUUGGGGCCUUCUAAUGACAAACAUGACCAAGAUGUUUGAGAGUCUUCUCACUGACUUUCCUUAUUUUUUAGAGCAGAAUUUGGUGGUAGAUUGGUACAUAAUUGUUGCUUACGGGACAAAAAAGAGACUAAAAUCACCAGAAUGUUGUGACGGAGUAUUAGGACCACAUUAAGAAAAAAAAUUAAGACUUAAAGAAAAUUAAAACUUCAAGAUUAAAGUCAUUAAUUUAUGAGAAUGAUCCAUUACUAACAAGAAUGAGGUCGUACUCAAACCAAUAUUUACGAGAUUAAAGUCGUGAUAAAAUCAUUUCUUAUGAAAAUAAAGUCGUAAUAAAGGAAUUACUUACGAGAAUAAAGUCGCAAUUCUGACUUUACUCUUAUAAGUGAUUACUUUAUUACGACUUUAUUCUCUUAAGUUAAUGACUUUAAUCUCAAAGUUUUACUUUUUUUUCUCUUAAUGCGGCCCUAAUCCUCCGUCGUAGAAUACCGCACCUUUAUGUCCGUUUUUUAAGUGUAAAUGGAUGUAACUGUAUCCUGCCUCAGUCGUACUUUCCUUCAAACUUACUGUCUGUGAUUGACGAUUUUUAUUACUUAUCACCUGCAAAGCAUUCCUAAAGCUUGUUUUAUCAGGUGACAGCUAUGACUGUUAUUUUAAGCAGGUUUUAAAGGUCAAUCAUGAAAAUCUUCCUCAGAUAAAGUCAAAAAGUUUGCAGUUAACCAUGCCCCCAAAACGUAAUACUCUUAAUAUGUCAACAAAAAUGCUUCAUCUAUAAACAGCUGCUUAUUUUUCAAUCAAAAACGGCCCAUCUUCAGAGCUCGGAGUCGAGCACACUUGAGGUUAUCACAUGUUUUGAAGUGUUUAUUUUCUCAUGGUGCCUGUAUUUGCACUCUUCUUGUUCCUGUGAACUGUAGGGGUGCUGAAAAGUGCCAGCAACAUCUCACAGCUCAGCACUGUUUGUCUUUCUGAUGACAAAACAUCGCACAGUGAUACCAGUGUGCUCACUGUUGACACUGCGAAUCGAGCGAGGAAGCUCCUGUUUACUGUACAAAGUUAUCGGACCAGUCUGGGUGUUCUCAGGAGUCUCCUUUCACUCUGUCUUUUGUUGACCAGUGUCGAACUCUCAUUUCUAUUAAACAGUACAGGAAAUCUUUAGUUAUCACAGAUGAUGAACUUUGUUAAACUUUUAUUUUUACUGAUUUAAAAAAAAUGCAGAUGAUCUUUUUUAAUCUGUUUCCAAACCACUGCAUCAACAGACAGAUUUACCUUUUCAGAUGAACUUUGUGUUUUACUGCUACAAUUGUUGAGUUUUCUGGUGGUUAGUCAUGUUUUCCUGUAUUCCUCUCCUCCCAGGGUCGUAUCGGUCAGCUGGAAGAGGAUCUUAAUGAUGAGCGAGGCAGCGCCGACCGCCUGAUGGAGCGACUAGACAAAACCAAAGAGCAGGCAGGUUUAAUUCCUCUCUGUCUUUGGGAUUAUUUCUCAACACAAAGCCCUCAUUUUAUCAUCUGCUGAUAUUGGUGAUAUACAGAGUCAGACUCACACCCUGCUUCAGGUCUAAAACGCUCAACCAUACAUCUGUUUUCAUUAUAAACACAUUUCAGCCUGAGUGAUCCGAUUUCCCAGCAGUCGCUAAAAGCUGCUAAUCGGGGUUUCCCAGCCCAGUCGAAACAGGUUUUGCUUUGGUUCUUCCUUUUUAAACCUGAAAACAUAACUUAACCCCUUUAUCCUCAUAUACUCUUCUUCAUGUCUGCUGUUGCUGCAGGAGCAUCACAUCCUCAGUGCGCCUAUAAAGUAGGCCACCAUUCAUGGGAGCAAAGCGGUGCAGACUAAUUGACACAAAACACUGUUUUCGUUGCGGCGCAAAGACAAAAAAAAAAAAAAACAGCAAACUAUUGUGAGGCUCUAUUCACACUCCCUGCUCUGGGCCUCUGGAUGUUAUUAGAGAGCCGAGAGCCUUCAGAUCUGAUUCUGCCGCUCAGACUAGACUGCAUUUCCUCUCGUUUAUGGAACUAAGCUGAAAACUUUUCAUUAAAUCUGAGUCAUUUUCAACAGGCGGUGUCCUUUUUAAUGAAAAACAGCUGUGUUUUGAGUCAAUAUGAAAGGCUGAAGAUAAAAAGUAUAAGCCCAUAUUUACCUUUACAGUUUAAAAUGUCAAUAUACCAAAUAGCUCCUCAGUUCCCACGCAGCUUUACCUUGUUAGCUUAAAGCUCCUGUGGAGAGUUCUCAGCUGGUUAUGAAACAACUGAAGUGAAGACUGAUACUUAUAUAUGAGCCACCAAAGCAAACAAGACCAUCAGCAACAUCACUGAUAAUUAAUUUUUAAUCAUUUUAAUGCCAGUUUCUCCUGUAGAAAAUUUCAGCACACCGAAGAAAAAGCCGUUAUUUACAAUAUUGAUAAAUUUGACAGAGGACAUACAGUUGGAGGAGCUUUUUCCUUAAAAAACAUGUUGAAAAGUACCGUAUUUUUCAGACUAUAAGGCGCACUUACAAUCCUUAAGUUUUCUCAAAAAUUGACUGUGCGCCUCAUAAUCCAGCGCGCCUUUUGUAUGAUUACUUGUUGUGCGUACUGACCGAUUUUAUGUGGUACAAUGCGCUCAAAAAUCUGUGGAAAUGUGUAAGUACGACUUUGGUAAGCAACGAAGCCGCUCCGCUCAGUGGAUAUUCAAAGCAUUACGGUAUGCUGUGUCCCUACCUGAUUAGCUUCAUAAUAGGACCCCUGAGCAGUCUACAAGACUGCCUGACUGUAAUGUCAAAACUAAAAGUGCAUUCAUGUAAGGCAGGUACCGAAAAAUACAGUAUACAGGAUGAAAUCAACAAACAGAUUAGAAGUACCACUUUCUUCCACAGGGGGCGCCAAAGUCAAUGCAACCAUCAAGUUUCUCUCUAGUGCUUUAAUAAACACGGACUGUAAACUGUGUUAUGACUGAAUGUGUGGUGGUAGGGGUUACACAUGUGACUGAAUAUGCAUACAUACUGUAUAUUUGUAACUAAAACUUUCUUAAUUCUGGUGCAUUUUUGUUUAGGAGGUAUGUCAAGGCUUUUUAAAACUAUGUUAAGAUUCAUCAAGAGAGCUAAAGAGCACAAUACUCUCUUUAACUUAAACUUUAUUAAGACAGUGUUUAUAGAAAGUACCUGAGUAGCUUUCUACCGCCGCUGCCUGUUUUAAUCCUCUCUUUUUUAUUGUGUGUAACAGAUGGAUCAGAUUAGGAAUGAGCUGAUGCAGGAGAGAUCCAUCAGACAGGAUCUGGAGUGUGACAAGAUGAGUCUGGAGAGACAGGUAUUGACCUUUGAGACAGGUUAUUGGCCGGUACUCUGAGACCCCAUCAUUGAAAAUUGCUUUGUAGCAUCGCUAAUAUUCACAAAACACAAGUGAAUCCAUUUCAGCUAUUUUUUAAUAGAGUUUCUCUCUUUCAUUUCCUGUGUCAGAAUAAAGAUCUGAGGGGCAGAGUGACGCAUCUGGAAGGAUCUCAGAGGACCAACCAGGAUUCACUCGUUUCCAAACUGAACAACCGCAUCCAAGAAUUAGAGGAGCGACUGCAAGGAGAAGAGAGGUGAGCUGUUAUCAAAAAAUAUUCACAUAUUUAUAUUUCUCACUGUAGGAAAGCACUUUGAAGAUCCUCUGGAUUAUGGUCUGCUUAGACAGGCUAUGGGAGCUGUGGAGCAUUGAACCCGCUUGUAUCACUUUUCCCGUAGUUGUUAGAGUGAGAGUAUCUCUGGUCAGAAACACGGGGCAGGAGUUGAGUUACAGGAAGCUGCAGCAGUGAUGUGAUCUCAUGGUGUUUUUUCACCCUCAGAGACAACAACAACCUACAACAAGCCAACCGCAGGCUGGAGCGCAAAGUGAAGGAGAUGAAGAUGCAGGCAGAUGAGGAGCAUGUCAACCUGCAGAGCCAGAGAGAUCAGGUACUGUCAGCUUCCCCUUAAAGAAAAAAGAAAGUUACCAUGUGACAGUCCGGAGCAGCAGGCUUGACUCACGAUUCAAUUUGUCACUUUUGUGAACUCUGCAGCUGACUCAGAGGCUGAAGACGGCAAAGAGGCAGAUGGAUGAGGCGGAGGAGGAGAUCGAGCGUCUGGAACAUGCGAAGAAGAAGCUGCAGAGAGAUCUGGACGAGCAGAUCGAGGCCAAUGAGCAGCUUCACGGCCAACUGAGCGCUUUGAGGAAUGAGAUGAGGUGACCGCUCUGAACUUCUGCAUCUGAGUUUCUGGAACUUCAUGCAAACAUUAAACUCAUAUAACCUUCGAUUCUUUUAUCUGCAGGCGCAAGAGGAAAUCCCCUCCUCUUAUCAAGACUGUGGAAGGUGAUAUGAAAGAGGAGGAUGAUUUUGGAUCAGAUUGACGGAUGUAAAGAAAACUCUCUCCUGAAGUCAUUCCUGGACUCUGUUUUAAAAAGUUGGACUGACUGUGAAGAAUAAUUCAACAUAAUCUCAUUAACAGCUCAGGUGUGAUCUCAUAAUGUUAUGAAAGGCACGGCAGCUCGCCUAGGCUGACCUCUUGUGGCAAUAAACAAAACUACACUAUGUGACAAACAUGUUUUGCUAUGCACCAGCCAAACUGGCUUAUUGAACUGAACUUGAUUUUGUCUCUCCCUUAAGUUAUUUUCUUCUGUGUGAGUUAAUGGUGCAAACUGCAGAUCUCAAACUAAUGAAUACAAGUGUUUGAAUAAAUUUCUAAUGCUUAUUUACAUUCAAAGAAACCCAAAAGCUUGUUUUUUUUAAUAACACAGAAAAUCAAACUCAAACUUGAUUAAAUUCCUGUCGCACCUUGUCCGUCA